CGUUUAGGGAGCUUCUGAGUUCGAGUAGAGCUAAGAAGAAGAAAGAGAGGCGCGCAAUCGAGGCAGGCAGAGGAGCUCCGCCGCUGGCAACCAUGGACGCUAAGAAACACGUAGCCAAUUUCGGCGCCGGACCGGCGAAACUCCCGCGAUCGGUAUUAUUGGAAGCCCAGAAAGAAUUGGUGGAUUACAAAGGCCUUGGUAUUAGCGUCCUUGAAAUGAGUCACAGAACAUCUGAUUUUUCAAAAAUCCUCAAAGCCGCUGAAAACUGCUUACGUGAACUCCUCAAUAUACCAGACAAUUACAAAGUGAUAUUUCUCCAAGGUGGUGGAUCUGGCCAAUUCAGUGCCAUUCCACUUAAUCUCAUUGGGCUUAAAGAAGCCAGGUGUGCCGAUUACGUGGUUACGGGAGGUUGGUCAGCCAAAGCAGCAAAGGAGGCAGAGAAAUAUGCAAAGGUGAACCUUGUGCAUCCCAAGCUUUCAAGUUACACAAAAAUUCCUGACCCAAGCACCUGGAACCUUAAUCCAGAUUCCUCUUAUAUCUAUUAUUGUGCUAAUGAGACUGUUCAUGUGGAGUUUGACUUUGCACCUGAUGUUGGGAAAGCAGUUUUAGUUGUAUAUGUCAUCAACUUUCUCUCCAGACCAGUGGACGUUUCAAAGUUUGGUGUCAUUUUUGCUGGUGCCCAAAAAAAUAUUGGUUGUGCUGGAGUCACAGUGGUAAUAGUGCGUGAAGAUUUACUCGGGUAUGCUCUGAAAGAGUGCCCCAUUGUGUUGGACUACAAAGUGCAAGUAGAAAACUCUUCGUUAUACAACACACCUCCAUGCUACAGUAUCUACAUCAUGUGCUUGGUCUUGGAGUAUAAAAACAAUGGCGGUGUUAUGGCUAUGGAUAAACUAAGCCAAAAGAAAUCACUGAUUUAUGAUAUUAUCGACAAAUCUAAAGGAUUCUAUGCAUGCCCCGUGGAAUUGAAGAGCAGAAGCAGAAUGAAUGUGCCUUUCCGGAUUGGCAGUAUUAAGGGUGACGAAGCUCUAGAAAAAGAAUUCCUUGAAAAAGCUGUAGAAAACAACAUGAUAUCCCUGAAAGGUCACAGAUCUGUGGGAGGAAUUCGGGCAUCUUUGUAUAACGCGGUGACGAUUGAAGAUGUUGAGAAGCUGGCAACAUUGAUGAAAAGCUUCAUGAAGCUGCAUUCAUAACAAACUAAAGUAGAUGGUGUUGUGGUGAACCGCUUUUGAAAUAAACCAGCAAAGAAUUAGUAACUAGAAAACAGUUAAUACAAAAUAUUCCAUGACAUUAUAUUUUUGAAACAAAGAUGUUGGUAUUUUUCUGGCCAGUCAAAUAGACAUAGCAGUUUUGGCUGACUUGAAGACAGCCAAGCUGCACAUUUCACCCUGAAACCAAUGCUUGUUUCUGUGACUGUUCAGUGGUCCAUAAAAGGAUUGGUAAGAUUUAAUUUUUAAACAGAUUAUAUUGAUCAUAGGAUACCAAGAUUCUCUGAAACAUUCAGUCUCAGUGACGCCCACAAUCCAAUCUUGUAUAAAACAUAUUUAAAUAUACUUUGUUACAUUUCCCCCGACAUUUGUUUUCUGCCUUGAUUUAUUUAAUUUAAAGUCUAAAUCUUCAGAAAGACUGCCAUAAGCUUGAGCUGGCCACUUUUUCAAUGCUGAUCAUUCCAAGUACAUAUCACUAAAAGUGCCUAAGAAAAUUGCUGCCAGUUGUGCAGACCGCAGGCCUCAAUCUGGCAAAUAUUUUGAAACAAUACACCUAAUGAAUUGAAGGCCUGGCUCUAUUGUUAUUUUCUAACUGUUAGCAUAUAGUUAACUAUACCAAGGUGGAGGAUUUUUUUUACUUUUAAAAUAGUACAUUUUAAAUCAUUUUGGCAAUUUAUGUUCUCAGCACGAAAGUAAAAAAAAAAUUCCUAUCCAUUUCCCUUUUGAAGUCAACAUUACUUUCAUGUUUUAUAAAACUGAGUGACCCCAAGGUUCCCCUUAUUGAUUACUUUUGGUCAGAUGUAUAAUUUGUUUUUUUAGAAAAGGCAGCAGCAGUAAACUGAGAUUAAGUGUGUGCUACACACUUAAUUUAUAAAAUCAAACUUAAAAGAUUGGAAGGAUCCAUGGAGAUCAUCUAGUCCAACUUCUUUCCCACUGCAUUGUUCCUCUCCUCAGCCUUGGAUGGUCUCCAUCUAGGAGAAUUGGCUCCUGUGAAGCAACUCAUAUUCUUUAAUUUUGAAUGCCAUCUUCAUAUAUUGUGAUCUUCAUACAUUCUCUAUAUUUACAUUCCCAAUCCAAUUCUUUCACUUGUCUAAUAAUGUUUCUCUUAAAAAAAGUAAAACAAUAAGACCCUUAUAAUUAACUAUAUUUCUAAUUUAUAACAUUGAUCAUCUCCCCAGCUGUUUUUUUAAAUAGCACAUUAUAAGUAGGAUUAUAAAUUGGUUGUUUGAUCAGUUUUCAUCUCCUUAAAAUGGAAGUUUUAUCGAACAAGGAACAAAAUUUCCAACUGAAUGCAGAAUUUUAUUGCAUUCAAUAUGGGGGCAGAAUUAUAUUUGGGUAGAAGACCACCUGUUGUGUCCUGCGAGAAGCAUUGAGGAUUAUACCAUUUUUAAUCAGAUGUUAUAUCUCUCCAAUCACAUCUGGAUUUAAAAGGAUUACAUUUGAGGGAUGUUCUGUCUUCCACAGUAUCUGCCUGUCCUAUGAUGACAGUUGAUAUACUUUGGGUCUUUCUAUUACAAAGUGUCGUCUGAUAUCAUGGUGCUUGCUGCCUGGAACAAUCCUAUAUGAGAUUUGUAUAUGUCUUGUUAAAACCUGGUUCUUCAAAUGUGGCAUUUAAAACAAGCUUUGAAUUAAAUUUAGUAGCAGUCUCCUUUGAUGAAGUGUUGGUUUUACUUUCCAGACACAUGCAAUUUUAUUUUCCCAGUGUUGUUCAUUUGCUUUUAAUAUUGUAUGUUGCUCAGAGUCACUAUGAAAUCAGUCAACUUCAUAAGUGGGAUAAAUACAUUUUAAAUAAGAAUUGGCUACUUGAGUUUAAGACUAAAACUGCACAGCAUUCCUUUAGAACUGCAUUGCGCACCAUUCUGUACAGUAUUAACAUUAUUUAAACAUCUUACUAUACUUAAUAAUAUCUCUUGUUUAUUUCUUGGCAUAAGGUCUGAAGUAGAUGUCCAUGUACCCAUUUAAAGGUGUGCAUGCUGAUUUUAAAAUAGCAAUGCUUUAUUUUUUGUAUUCUACUAUUAAUUGAAAAUAAUAAUAAUAAUAAUAAAACUUAAAAUAG